AGCAGCAACGUCUUUGUUGGAAAAGACUCGCCGGAAAAUAGCAUAUCUUAUCCAUUCAACUCACUCAGAUCGAUCGAUUCGAUCGAUGGGUCGAGGAAAGAUAGAGAUAAAGAGGAUUGAAAACAACACAAAUCGACAGGUAACAUUCUGCAAGAGAAGAAAUGGAUUACUGAAAAAGGCAUAUGAACUUUCAGUUCUAUGUGAUGCUGAGAUUGCUCUCAUUGUUUUCUCUACUCGUGGUCGACUCUAUGAAUACUCUAACAACAAUGUAAAGGCAACUAUAGAACGAUACAAAAAGGCAACAGCAGAAACGUCUAGUGCGUACACUACUCAAGAGCUCAAUGCACAGUUUUACCAACAAGAAUCAAAGAAGUUGCGGCAACAGAUACAAAUGAUGCAGAACACAAAUAGGCAUCUGGUGGGUGAAGGGCUGAGCUCUUUGAAUGUGAGGGAACUGAAGCAAUUGGAGAACAGACUUGAACGAGGCAUUACAAGAAUUAGGUCCAAAAAGCAUGAAGCAAUACUAGCUGAGACUGAGGAUUUGCACAAGAGGGAAAUUCAACUUGAACAGGAAAAUGCAUUCCUUAGAUCAAAGAUAGCAGAAAAUGAGAGGUUGCAGGAACUAAGCAUGAUGCCAUCUGGUGGGGAAGAGUAUAAUGCAUUUCAACAAUAUUUAGCAAGAAAUAUGCUACAGCUCAACAUGAUGGAAACUGCACUACCAUCUUAUGAUCCAUUGUCUCCUGAUCACAAAAGGUAAAUCCAUUUCUACUGAGGAGGAAGGAAUACGCACUUUUCAAACAUAUAAAUAAUCUUUACUACAUGUUUGCUAUUAGUAUACUCUGGACAUCUCAACUUUUUUUCCAAUAGACCCUGCAUCAUUUCCUAAAAUUUGGGGCUUAGUUAUGAAAUUUAAUUGAAUUUGGGUAAAAGAUCGUCACAAA